AUGCCUGUUCCCGCAGCAAGGUGGACAACCAGGGAUACACCCAGGGAGUCUGUACCGCCUGUGCUCUUCGGCAUUGGUGAUGUCUCCGGCAUCCCCAUAGGCCAGCCGGGACUCUUUGCGCGGAUGCAGGGCGCUCACGACCGAGUCUUCGAAAAGACAGGGCUAUCUUCCAUCCGUGUAGUCUUGACAUGGUUCGACGGAACUCAGGUUGAAAAAGCCGUAAACCUGAUUGUUAAAGGUUUGCCGGUCACGCGAGAACAGCUCGCCAACCAGGUGUCGAAGCUUGUCGGUGAUUUCGUUUUGCACAAGGUGGUGCGGGACGAAUCACCUCCCGAGCUGUACCUUGUUGCUCUGGACCCUGUCCAAGCUGAUAUAUUUCGUGUGGAGAUGCACGCCACCCUUUUUUAG